GAGUUUGCUGGUCCUCACACUCCAUCUCACCAGAUCCAGGUCACCCCGGGGCGGAGCUGCACUGUAGAGCCGCAGCGCUUUUGGAUACUCAGUCUUCUUCCUCUUCUUCCUCCGCAUCCCGGAGGGUUGUUCGUUUCCAUUUACUUUGACUUCAUCGCCGCCGUGACUGUUCGCCAUGGGAGCAGAGAGCUCAGUGCAGCGGGACGGGAAGAGCCAGGAGGAUGCCCCGGCCACCGCCUCCGCCUCCGCCUCCUCCUCCUCCGCCUCCGCCGGGGAGCUGAGCGCGGAGGUGAAGGUGCUCCAGGAGGAGGGCGGCGUCCUCGACACCAAGCCUUUGCAGAAAAAUGGACAGAUCUCCAGCAUGACCAGCCUGAAUGGACCCUCGGAGGACAACACCCUGGCUGAAGUUGGCCAGUCUGAUGCUGUGUCGGUGCCUCAAAAGGAGGAGACUACUGAGACUAUGGGCACCACCCAGGAUGAAGUGGCUCCUCAAGUGAAUGGCGAGAAAUUGGAGAAAGAAUCUCCUGAUGUCAACGACAUCUCUACCGUGGAGGAGAAGGCUGGCGAGGAGAAACCUGAGGAUGCCACCGAAGUGGGCUUCAAGAAGAUCUUCCGCUUCGUGGGCUUUAAAUUUACUCUGAAGAAGGACAAGAGCGAGGAGAAAGACCCCGUGAAGCUGCUGACAGUCAAAGACAAAGAAGGAGAGGAGGUUAGUGGGACUGAUGAACCUAUAAAGGAGGAGGAGGAGGCUGUCACUGCUGAGGAAAAGAGUACAGCUGAAGAAAAGGAGGCUGACACAGAGGCACCUACUGUUGAGGCAGAACUCUCUGAAGAUAAUACUGACAAAGCUGAAACCGCUGAUGGCCCGGCUGAAGACACUUCAACUGAAGAUACUUCAGCUGAAGAUACUGAUGGAGCAGUCAAGGAGGGAGGAGCUGAGAAGGAAGGAGAGACCAGUCCACCUUCCCAGGAGACCACCAUGACCAUGUCUCCCUUCAGAAAGCUCUUCGGCGGAGGCCUCUUCUCUAACCUGCGAAAAAAGGCCAGCAUCAAGAAGACAAAGGAGGAGGAAGACAAGGAGGCAGUUGUUGAGGAGGAUACAGCUAAAACAGAGGAGACUGCUGCAGGGGUGGAGGAAAAGGAGGAGAAGCCUGAUGCAGAGCAAGGCACCAAGGAUGAGACACCAGCAACUCCUGAGGAGGAAAAAUCAGAGCCCAAGGAUGAGGCACCAGUUACUCCAGAGGAAGCAAAAGCAGAGGGAACCCCGGAGUCCGAGGUCACUGGUGAAACCCCAGCUCCUACAGCAGCCACUGCCGAUGAGACCAAACAAGAAGAGGAAAAAGCAGAAGGUGGUGCAGAAGAGGACAAGGCUCCAGCAGAGGUGACUUCUGAGGCUGAGCUGCUAUCAUCACAGGAGAAGGCAAAGCCCCAGGGAAGCCCCCUGAAGAAGCUUUUCACUGGUGCUGGCUUGAAGAAGCUGUCAACUAAGAAACAGAAGACCAAGAAAGAUACAGAAAACAAACUGACUGAGUCUGGGGAGCAGACACCCGAGCAACUUCAGUCCUCCACUGAGUCAGCCGAGGCCCCUAAAGCUGACAGUGGGCCCUCAUCUCCAGAGGAGUCAGGAGAGCAUGUUAUUGCUGUAGAGAUGACCCAGAAUGAGUCUAGCCAAGAAGCCGACGUUGAAGUUUCCUCUGAGGGAGAGAAGAAAAAAGAGGGCAUCAUUGCCUGGUCCUCCUUCAAGAAACUAGUAACACCCAAGAAGCUUGUGAAAAGGUCCUCUGAGAGCGAAGAUGAAGCCACGGGUGAGAAAUCAGCAAAGUCAGCCACGUUGUCCUCUUCUGAGAGUGCUGCAUUAGCAGAUAAGAGUGUUGAGGAGGAGGCUAAGGAAGAAGAGCCAACUGAGGAAGAGCCAAAGACUGAAAACACUGACAAACUGGUCAGUAGUGCUGAGGAGCCCAAAAAGAAAAUGGACACCUCUGUCUCCUGGGAGGCCCUCAUGUGUAUGGGUGGAACCAAAAAGAGGACAAGGAGGACCUCUGAUUCAGAUGAUGAGGAGACCAAGAUUGAAGAGGAAGCACCAGCUGCAGAACCAGUUGUAGAAGUGGAACAGGAGGACAAAACUGAAGCUGCUGUUGUCCCCUCCACUUCACAAAACACAGAGAGUGAAGGAGAAGUCGUUUCCUCCCCUGAACCUUUAAGCAGCCCGCCUGAGAGAGAAUCAACCUGGGACACACUGAAACGCAUGGUUAUGUUAAAGAGUAAGUCAAAAGUUGACGAAAAGCCAGAGGAGAAUGCGCAAGUCCAGUCAGACAGUGAAGCACCGAAAGAAGAGUCAUCUUUCUCCUUGAGGAAGUUUCUUCCUGGACGUAGGAAGAAGAAGGUUGAAAAGCAAGGGUCAAAUGAAGUGGGCUUAGGCGAGGAGGACUCUGACACCCCAGCUGUGGUUCCUCUCUCAGAGUAUGAUGAACAAGUUGAGACUAAGCAAGAAGCCCCAGCAGAACCAGCCGCAGUUCAGGUGAAAGUGUCCACUGAGGAUAGAGCGCCUUCAUGGAUUCCAGCCACCGUCGAAGGUGCUGAUGAUAAUCAAGAUCAGCUGAGUGAUAUCCCAGAGGAGGCAGAGAAUGCUGCAACGCCAAAGUCUGUUGACACUGAAAUUGCAGAUGAUGAGGAGCAGGCUGUGCUGUCCCGUAAAGCUCUGGGUCACAUGGGACGUAGGCUGUCCACAGCUGAAAUGAAGCCCGUCGCUCAGGCUCCAGCUACAGAAGCCUCCCUCGUUCCCCAUGGACCCUCGUCAGAAAGCGCCAUGGAGGUCGUGGCAGGUAUUGAGGCCCAAAUUGGUGAAAUUGCAACUCAGACAUCUGUGACUGUCAAAGAUGUACCAGUUGAGACAGCUUCUGAAGAAAAUGAGGAUGAACCACCAACUGAUAUUGCAGAGUCUAAGACAAAUACCAUCCUGCAGCCACAUGUUCGGGAAGAGGCAAUGGCUAUCUGUACUGGCCUAGGCACCAAGGAGAUUGCCAAACUGGCACAGGAGAAGCCUGCAACACCCCUCGUAGAAUCUAUGGCUGUGAUCCGUAAAGCCCUAAGCACAGAGGUUUUAGUGGAAGACAAACCAACACGUCCAGAGGAAGUCAAUGUAGAGGAAGAUGCAGUGUGCUUGGCCCAAGUGCACCAGGUAGAAACCACUGACCUUGAGCCCGCUGUCGAAAAUUCACUGAGUGGAGAGGCAGACAUUCAAGCUGCCACACAGAGUGUUGAACCUGAGAUUGAGAGGGUCGGAGUCAUCACCACUGCUCCAGAGGAGUCUGUGGUCCUUCAGACCACCACUUUGAACGCAAACUCUCCAAAAGCUGAAGUCACCAAUCCAAUUACACCAACAUCUGAAACAGCUGUCUGUACCAUGAGCAUAGAAGUCACUGAGCCAAUUAUACAGACCAAGGAAGUGGAAAUGGACAUGAAACCGCUUGUUGCUGCCACUGAAGGAAAUGCGCCCAUCAACGAAGUAGUUGAGGUUGUGACUGAAGAGAUGUCCUCUACUAUAUGUAAGACUACAGAGACCACUGUCACAAAGGAGACUGAGCCAACCAUCUCUGUAGUCUCACCAAGAGAGGAGGUUCCUGUCAUCACCGUUGGUAUCACCCCACUCAGUGUGGAGUCUGACCAAGUGGCAGCCUCAGAAGAGGUGAUCAUGAAAAAUGUUUCAGUGUCAGAGCUAGUCUGUAGUGAACUUAUCCAUGUGCAGGAAAUAAAGACGGAAGACACAGUUGUAGAGAUUGUGGAGGCCACUGGUGUUCAGAGAGUAGAGUCAGGGAUCUGUGCAGUCAGGGAGCAGGCCGGCGAGAAGAUGGAAGAAAUCAACAAGGAUGUGCAGGAGGCAUGUGGAAUUGAAGCUCAGAGCAAGGUCAUUGCCCAGACUGUAAUUCAGGAUGCCAUGGAUAAAGUUUCAGAAGAACCCAAAAAGCCCACCACCCCAUCACCAGCCCAGGCAACCGCAGGAACAGAGAAAGAGAUCACAACUGAAAGCAUCGUCAUCACUGACAGCCCUGUUGCAGUUGUCUGUGAAAAACCUGUACCAAAGUCACCCCAGCCACUUCAUGUGGCCAUGGAGGUUAUUGACACAGUCGCAAUAGAGCUCACAGAGAGCCUUGAUGUAGAGGAGGAGGAGAAAGAGAAGGAGGAGAAACCAGUGGAAGGAUUGAAGCAAGCUGUAGAGGUAAAUGUAAGUGAAGAAAUGAUUGUAGUGGAAGAAGUUGUAAAGAGUCAAACUUGCAAAGAGCUGGAGAAGGAAGAGAGCAAAGAAGAAGCAGAAAAUCAGGAUCCAGGUGUAGAACAAGCAGCUGAGGAUGUGAAUCCACAACCAGAGGAAACAGAAGAAGAAGAAGAAGAAACAUUGGAGCAGAACAAAGUGGAGGAGAUCCCCAUGCCAGUCCAGGUGGUCCUGCAGGUAGCACAGAUGGUGGAGGAACUCACAGUGGAAGAAGAGGCUGUGGUCGAGUUCGACAGCAAUGGUCCUGUGAGCGAAGACACCCGCGUAAAAGCUGAGAGCCCUUUGAGUCCAAACAGACUCUCAACACUGUCAGAGGAAGCUCCAGCAACAGCAACAGGAGAAGUUUCCGCUCCCAGCCAAGUCACAGAGGCAGCAGCCAGCCAGCCAGAGACAGAGAAAACCCCGUCAGGAAAGUGCGCGGAAGUGAUGGCCCAGGUGAUCGAGGUGAUUGAGGAGGCUGUGAAGGAUAUCGAGCCUGUGUCCACAGAGAUCACAGCAGCAUCAUGAGCAGCUGAAGAUACGAGACUAAGGCCUGGGAGACACACUGUCUGGACCAGGAAGUGAGUGAUAAUGGAGGAAAGAGAGAGAGAGAGAGAGAGAGAGAGAGAGAGAGAGAGUAAGAGGCCGCUGCUCUGGCAACAUGUUGAGACUGGGUCCCGCCCAUCCUGCCCAGAGAGACUGAGUGAUUGAACAACAGCUCUGCCAUCCUCUCCAUCCUCCCCUUCCGCCCGCUCUCCGACCCCAUCCUGCAGCCGCGUCACAACAACGUGACGUCCCACUGACAAAUCCUCAUCCCCCCUCACUCACUCUCUCACACACACACACUCACGCAUGUCCUAUGCCGCAGAAGCGUCCCAUCUGGCUUUUAAUCGGUGUGAUGUAUGUUCAAUGUCUCAGUGACUUCCCAUUGCCCUUGCUGCAAAAGGCAAGAGUCUGCAACCUGGUAGAGUGUACCCGUGCAUGUGUGUGCGCGCGUGCGUGUUUGUAAGUGUAUAGUAGCGAGAGUGAGCUGUUGUCAGAAGGCAAAGAGACGGAGGAUUAUUAUCUUGUGUAUUGUAUUUAUAUCUUGAGUAUUCUUUCAUUCACCCCAAAGUCUUUAUUUUUUAAUUUUCUUUCCCCUUUUUGUUAUGGUAUGGACAGUAUUGUCUGUUUUUGAAAAUUCCUAUAUUAAGCUGUGAAACAGUAGGUAUUCUUUUGAGCAACACCAUGACAGCAAUUGUAAAGGUCGAUGCAGAGAAACACCUAGGAAAAAAGGUUUUGAGUAAAAAUUUACCGAGACAAAUGUGACACUGUUGCAUAUAAAGUGACUUGCAUAUCGUUGCUUUUUUUCUGUCAUAGUCAAAGAUUAUUUGAAGCGUCUGUAGCAAAAUAUGUAAUUAAACCAUGGUACAAGUGUGAUCCCACUGACACUGAGUGAGGAUGCUGAGUGCAGAAAUAAAAAAAACAGGAGGGCGUACAGUUGAUGUAUGAAGAGAUAUUAACCAGGAGCACGCCACAUGUUUUGACCCGUUCUCUUGACACACUGUGUGAUUCACUCUGCACCCUAACAAAAUACACAGUAAGUGUCAUGUAGAUAAGAAACCAUCAGCCACUGCCUGAUUUACUGUGAAAUAAACAUUUUUACACAUUGUUUCAUGUAAUAAUACAAUAUCAAAUACUAUUAUAACACAUGUGGCAGAGGUAUUUGCUAAACAAUGAUGUGUAUAGGCCAUUUUUGACACUGGAAGGGUCAUACUGGGAAGACAUGUGCAUGUGCAGUAAGAAACACUUACAGAGCAGAUCAUGUUCACUGUGUUUACUCGGAGUUACUGUGUGACAUAUAUAUCAUUGUUGUGUGGUUGUUUAACACCUUCUUUACCAAAGUAGACAUUUCUCGGUGAAAAGACGGUAUGUUGUCGCCCUCUGUUGCCUACAAAAAGUAAUACACCCUUUAGUCUUUGGUUAUUUGUGUCAUUUUCACUUCAACUGUAUGUUGAUAAAGUGUGAAAACGGUCUGUGUUCUUCUCAGUCUCAUGCCGGACCUGCACCGCGGUAUUGUUGUCCGCCAAGCACGAUAGCUCAGGUUCAUCAAACCUGCACGAGGGAGAAUUUAGACUCACUUGGUUGUGGAUUUAGAGACGCAUAGGCUGCACGGUGGCUUCAAUAACAGCAAAAGCUCAUCUUGCUAAUUCGUUUAAAAGCCAAAUCAAGUUAGGAUAAAUCAGGGAGUCACAGUCUUUCCAUUCGUCACAGGACUUAUUGCAUAUAGGUUGCAUACAGUUAAAUGCCUAAAACAUCUACUCUGCUAUUUUUGAUCCCCUCAUCAAACCUAAGUCAUAAGGUAAAAAGGCCUAUUAGCAAAGUGAACAAUGUUUCAGGUUAAGGGGGGAUUUCUGAAACAUUCACUGGUUCCUGUUUUACCACCAAACCAAACAUGUGACCGCUGAGAUACUCUGGUAUUUGUUCAUUUCCCAACCAAAUUUGACAAAGUUGCACUGUGUGAGUCAUUCGGAUAUGUUGGGAAUUAAUGGUGAGCGCUGCUUUAAUCCAUUCGUUUAUGUUUGGCGGCUCAUAUUUUACUUAGCUUUAUGACCAAACAAGAGAAAGAUCAGGAAGUACAGACCCCUGUUAGGUCAUCAUUUCCCUUUACGUUGACUCUCGGGUGGAACACAUCCAUGACACAUGCUUUAUGUAAAAAAUAAUUGAUUUAAAAAUGACAGGGUUGACUAAAGACUUUUGCUAUUGUUGCAUAAUGUGAAGUAUUUAGUUAGGACACUCGCCCACCCUCAGUUCUCUCUGCUUUUUGUAACACUUUACUGUGAACCUGUUAACAUUUGUACAGAUUGUAUACCUACUGUAUGUACUUAAAAAAUCAUAUUGUUGUAAUAUUAACUAAUAACCUGCAGACAUUAAGCAUAAUAUUCUCGUGGCAUGGUCAUAGUUGUCUUUUAUAUUUUCCAAGCUGUUGAUAGUAAGGAUACAGAAACUUGUCUAUAUUUCAAUCAAUAAAGGUAGAGAAAAAUUG